UAAACACAGAGUGGAGGUAGAACAACACGUACGCCGCCUCGCCAUGAUAGCGCCAUAUCCAUCGCCCUCUUGCAACCGCUAAAGAAACUUCACUACAAUACCCCCCGUCUACCGCCAAACCCUACACAAUGGCUUUCAACCAGCGCCCACCCCGAGGCCCCGCGCAGGCUGGAGGUGCCCCGAAUAUGGCCCCGGACUUCAAUGCCAUGCUUCAGCGCUCUAUGCAGGCGCCUGGACAGCUUCAGCCUCAAGUCUCAGAACCCCCACGAGGGCCAUCGCCGUCUAUUGGUUACGAAGGCGUAUAUAGUGCCACUCCACCACCACAGCAUGGCCCCAAUGUACUUGGUGGUGCACGAGGGCAGGCGCCGCCGCCAGUGUUGCCCGUCGACCUCCCACCGCAGGCCUUUCUGACGUCGGCGAUGCUGUUAGAUAUGGUGGACAAGAAGGUUGACGUAUUACUGCGCGACGAGAAAGAGUAUAUUGGUAUAUUACGUUCAUACGACCAAUUCGCGAACCUCGUCCUCACCGAGUGCUAUGAGCGAAUAGCAGCCCGCAACCCCGACGCAUCACCUGCGUCUGAUCCCUCUGUCCCACGUUGGCUGAUACACGACGUCAAACUCCCUGGUGUUAUGACUGUAAGAGGCGAGAACGUCACCAUAUGCGCAACCGUCGACCUCGACCGAGAAGAACACCCCAAAGGCGCAAUGUUCGCCGAAGAAGACCAAGUACGGGCGCUGGCGGCAGCUCAAAAAGCAGAGAAAAAGGAAACCGAUUUACGGAAAGCCAAGGCGCUGAAGCAGGCUGGUAUUGAGCCUGGGUUCGGUAUGCAAGGGUAGUCUAUUCCAGACUAGGGGAAGAUGAAAGAGCAGAAAAAUGGGGAAAAGGGAUAUGAAUUAUGACAUGAAUGCAUUCGUGGCAUAGGAAAGGGAAUCAUUGCGAUCUCUGGAUAGCUACGUUUGGCUGUGGUUAUGAUAUCAAUGAUACCAGGACACUAUGUCCACCUGCGAUGGGGCAACGUCUCGGUUCCGAGUCUUUGUUGAUCUGAAUGUCCUGGCUAAAGUGAUGUCCCGCAAGAUUUGACAAUCCGCGCCUAGAUCUGUUGUCUGCACUACUGGAAUUUCAUUAUGUCGCCAUUAGAGGUUUCGGGGUAACAAACUCGGAGACUCAUUCUCUGGCUCAACAGUCGAAGGC